GGACGUCCGGUGUGGGCGGGGCAGGGACGUAGCGCGCCUAGGGGGACCUACGGAGGCCUGGGGGUGAGAGGGGCAACCCAGGUGAAGAGUUUGUUAGCGUCCGGGGCGAACGGGAGAGCUAAUGAGCUUCGGCCCCUUCUCUCAGCUCUGCUUUAGCUUUAGGGGUCGGUAGCUGCAGGGACAGCCCGGGGCCUGGUGUUUGGCCAUGGACUUACGGUGUUCGGACUCUAUGCCCUGUCACGACCAGAAAGCAAACUCUGUGUCUACUCCAAGCUCCGAGCCGCUGAGACCUGGCGACCUGAUCUCAGACCAAGCCGGGGGAAACAGCGCCUCCAAGUCCAAGCCGACUGUCCUCGCAGGGCAUGCUCCUUGUAGCGUACCGGCUGAGCUGGAGCCUCAGGCGUGCAGCGUGGCCGGCCUCAAUUCCGAGAGCAGCGGUGGCAGUGGCAACUGUGACGCACCAACCGGCGAAUCCCUCCUGGGGAACCACGAAGUCUCACAGCAGAUCGGGACGCAGCUUAAACUGCUGCCUAUGAAUGAUCAGAUCCGGGAGCUGCAGACCAUCAUCCGGGACAAGGGGAGCUUCAUUCAUCCUGGUUGGAUAAUACAUACUUGGGCAGCUCAGUGGGAGGGCGACUGCAUGAUCUUUUCAAUUCCUGUCUCCAGUGUUGAUAUCAAGACAGCCAGUAGAGGGGACUUCAUGUUUUCUGCGGAUCGUUUGAUCAGACUUGUUGUGGAAGAGGGAUUGAAUCAGCUGCCAUAUAAAGAAUGCAUUGUGACCACCCCAACAGGGUACAAGUAUGAAGGAGUGAAAUUUGAGAAGGGAAAUUGUGGGGUCAGCAUAAUGAGAAGCGGUGAGGCAAUGGAACAAGGUUUACGAGACUGCUGUCGAUCCAUACGAAUUGGAAAGAUCCUGAUUCAGAGUGAUGAAGAGACCCAAAGAGCCAAAGUAUAUUAUGCCAAGUUCCCCCCAGACAUUUACCGGAGAAAAGUCCUUCUGAUGUAUCCAAUUCUCAGCACUGGAAAUACUGUAAUUGAAGCUGUAAAGGUUCUUAUAGAACAUGGAGUUCAACCCAGUGUUAUCAUCCUACUCAGUCUGUUCUCCACUCCUCAUGGUGAGUGCAGCAUGACUGGUCAUGGGUUGGGUGCCAAAUCAAUCAUUCAGGAGUUUCCAGAGAUCACAAUUUUAACUACUGAAGUUCAUCCUGUCGCACCUACGCAUUUUGGACAGAAAUACUUUGGGACAGACUGAGUUGCCAAAGGAAAUUAAUUAUCUUGUGUGAUAUUACAGUUAAUGUUUUGAGUUUCUACUUGUUUUACUAAUUCACUUGAGGAAUGGCAGAGAAAAUUAUGUUUUAUAAUUUUUGGAAGUGGGUAUAGUAAAAAGGAAAUAUUUGAGGUUUAUUUAAUUUAUUUGAUUAUUUCUUAACUGUUGGCACCAAACUCAACAGGGAAGCACACACAACUCUUAGAAAAUAUUUUAUUUUUUUUUAUUUUUACUUUUUUAAUGAUUUUAUUUAUUUAUUUGACAGAGCGAGAGAGGGAACACAAGCAAGGGGAGCUGGAGAGGGAGAAGCAGGCUCCCUGCUGAGCAGGGAGCCCGACAUGGGGCUCGGUCCCAGGACCCUGGGAUCAUGACCUGAGCUGAAGGCAGACACUUAGCAACUGAGCCACCCAGGCGCCCCUAGAAAGUAUUUUAGUAAUAUUCUUAGGCAAGUUGAUGAUCCCUCAGUGCAUUGAAACUGUUAACCUAUUUUUUUUUAAGUAGGCUCUACACCCAGCAUGGAGCCCAGUGUGGGGCUUAAACUCAUGACCCUGAGAUCAAGACCUGUGCUGAGAUCAAGAGUCCAGUGCUUAACUGACUGAGCCAUCCAGGUGCCCCAAAACUGUUUCCUAAUUUUUGAACCUCUGAGUUUGUAUGUUGUUUCCAGCCACAAAUAAAGCCCAAAUGGGAGUCUGUUCUUUGGCCCACUAUAGUUUACAUUUUGUUCAGUUUGCUUUUAGAUCUAGGGAGAGUUCAUGUAUAUGGCUGUUGUCACCUUCUUCUACUCUUUACUUCCUAGUACCAUACAUGCUGGUAACUUGGAGAGAGUGAAAAAAGAUGCCUCCUGAAAUUUUACAUUUCCAUUAAUAUCCUCACUCAGUUAGCAGACCCAGGAUAUAUGGUUAGCUCUCCAGUCAAGCCAUUGUGUUCUUCAUGGCUCACUUCCCAUCCUGUGCAUUGUUGGUAGGUGCCUUGCCAAGUGUAAUGCAGUGAAGAAGAUGGUGAGCACUUCCAACAAUGGAACUGUAACAUGAAUUUACAUAGAUAGAUCGAACCAGGGAUAUCUGGAUGCUGACAAGGCUGAGUGCCGUUAAUGCCAUCGAUGCCCUAGAAAGGAACUGGUGAUGGUUUUUCCGAGGUAUGGGGGAAAGAACAAUUUCUUGCUGAGUUUCAUGGCCAAUGAGUAUGUUAAAUUGCUACAUUUUUAAUUUGGAUGUUUCAUUCAAUCUGUAAAUGAGUUCUUUGCAUACUUGUCACCUGUAGCUGUAUUAAAGUUAAAAAUACCAUGAUAUUUUUUAAAUCCUCAAGAUUUAUAUGUGUUCCCACCUGUUGUGGGCCUCUGUUCGAAAACAUCCAGAAGGAGCAGCAGGCAGUGUCUUAGAACCAAAGCUGAUGAAAAUCAGCAAAGAUUAGGGGAGACGAAGGAAAAGCUGGUGCACAAUGGAAUGCAUUUUCCUUACAGAGCCUAGGAAUGCUAGAAAGACUUCACUAUAUUUUCCCUUUAUUUUGAAUUUUUUUAGUUUUUAUUUAAAUUCACUGUAUGUUAGUUAACAUACAGUAUAAUAUUAGUUUCAGGUGUAGAAUUUAGGGAUUCAGCACUUACAUACAACAUCCAGUGCUCAUCACAACAAGUGCCCUCCUUAAUCCCCAUCACCUAUUUAACCUAUCCCUCACCCCAUGUCCCCUCUAGUAGCCAUCAGUUUGUUCUCUAUAGUUAAGAGUCUGUUUCCUAAAAAAAAGAGUCUGUUUCCUGGUCUACCUUGCUUUGUUUCCCCCAUGAUCAUUUGUUUAGUUUCUUAAAU